AUGUCUCCGAUGAAAGCAAAGCUCGUCUCAUGGAUUUCACCUCCACGGAAGCCACCAGAUCGAGGGUCGUCUUCUUCGCUUGGGGCAGAUCCGGCGUUGCAGGAGCUUCGUCCUCCACCGCAACCUCCAGAGUCAACUUUUCAUAAUAUUCCUGACUAUUGUGGAGGAACGCCAAUGAAGCUGUUGAUGAGUGUAGCUAGGUGA